AUGGCUGGAAGCUAUAUGUCAAAUCAAAAUUUAGCCAAUGCAGUCAAUGCUGCAACAAAUUUAGCUAAUAUGGAACUUGCAGCUGGAAUUGCUGCUCAAGCAAAUUCACCUGCAAACACAGCUAAUGUGAAUGCUGUUAAAACAGCCAAUGCUCUUCUGGCCGCUGAAAACGCAGCUGUUGUUAACGAUGCUUUAUCGAAUCUUGAAGAAGCAAAGCAAUUGAGUAAUUUAGCACCUGUUUUAAAUGGUAAUAUGGCUACAUUUUAUUUAGGCAACAGUGGUAAUGGAUUCACUGUUACUAGUGGUUCUCCUGGUACACAAGGUAUCGGUGUCCAAGUAUUGGCCGAUGCGUUGGAAGUUGGUGGAACAGUAGUUGUUAACGGAAAAAUACCCAUUUACGGAAUGGUCGGUAUUAAUGGAAACAUACCAACAGAUGGAAUGGCAUCUGUUAGCUACAGCUGUGCAAAUCCUAGUACCUUAUUAUAA